AUGAAUGGAGAUUACUAUGAACAAUGGUUUAAAAAUAAAUUGCUGCCAAACCUUGACCCCAACAGUAUUAUAGUUAUCGACAAUGCUUCAUACCACAGUGUUUUUGUGGAAAACAUUCCCAACACUUCCACCAAAAAAGAUGACAUUCGACGAUGGCUGACAUCAAAAAAUAUCGCUUGGAACUCGGAUAUGCUGAAAGCUGAACUUUUGAAUCUUGUACAAAAUGUCCGCAGCAAGUAUGAGGAGUACCGGGUUGAUAGGAUAGCGGCUCUUCAUGGUCAUACUGUUUUGCGACUUCCCCCUUAUCACUGUGAGCUGAAUCCCAUUGAAAACAUAUGGAGUGUUGUCAAAGGGAAGGUGGCAGCAGAAAACAGAACAUUUAAAGAAAAAGAAGUGGAAGAGCUGACAAAAAAAGCUAUUGAUAAUAUCUCAGAUGAAACGUGGAAGAACUGCGUUGGCCACAUUAUUAAAGAAGAAGAACUAAUGUGGGAACUUGAUGGAAUGUGCGAUACUGCUGUUGAUAACUUGAUAAUUCAUUUUGAUCCCGAUUCGACCGACACUGCUUCUGAAGGAAUGCUUAGUACAGAAGAAGUCAUGUCAUCCUAA